AUUUGAAAGUAUAAUGUGAUUUGAGGAAUAAUCGGAAACCGACGUGUUUCUCACCUUGUAAAUUAAAUAAUUUACAUACAUAGCAAAUUCAUGCAAAAUGUUUUUACAACUUUAGUUAUAAGCGAAGUUUCGCCUCCUACGAGUGUGUUCCGCGCGUGAAAAUAGUAAAAUCGGUUUCCAUGUUUUGGGAUCAUGUUUACCGUAACAGGCAUAUCAUGCAGGAGUUCGAGGACCUAGAAGUGCACAAAACUAGUGUCUCUGUAUUUGUAGCGUUGUUUUACUUAGAAAUGCUAUAUAUUCUGAUUAUGACGCUGUCAAUAUUGAACAGACUCAAUCAGAAUAUGCCAUCGUAAAUCGUCGAAGAUUUCUCUGUAUACCUCAACAGUAAUUAAUUGACAAUGACUGACAUUAAGAUAAAGGAGCGGCUGUACCUCUCAAAGGCGGACGACAUCUAUGUGGACCAUCACCAGCUAAUGCAGCAUCAGGUGGACGCUCUCCGGAUGCUGUAUGCCCAAUUUAAAAAGAAAACGGGUGGCGUGAUCCUCAACGACCCCAGCGGCUACGGGAAGACGGUGGUGGCUGUACUGUUCUUGCAGGCGCUGCGGCAGAUACUGCCGUCGCCCGCGCUCGUGCUGUGUCGCGCGGGGGAAUUGCAACACUGGCGACACCACUUCCACACCUGGGCCACUACGGAAGAGGGCCUACAGCGAACAACGGGCGGCGUGAUCCUCAACGACCCCAGCGGCUACGGGAAGACGGUGGUGGCGGUGCUGUUCCUGCAGGCGCUGCGGCAGAUACUGCCGUCGCCCGCGCUCGUGCUGUGUCGCGCGGGGGAGUUACAACACUGGCGACACCACUUCCACACCUGGGCCACCACGGAAGAUGUAAUCUUCGAGUCCUCCAACCCGUACGUGAAGAAAUCCAUUUUCGUGAACACGCGACAGCAGCUGCCGUCGCUCUGCCGCCGGACCUGGUCCGUGGUCGUGGUAGACGACGACCUGCCGAAAGAGCUGCAGGCGGACUUCAAGAUAUACCUCACUAAUGAGGACAUGAAGGAAAAUUUGAUCACCUUUGCUUCGAUAUACCAAUGGAUGUUCCCCAAAGGACCCGAGUUCGACAUCAAACAAGUCACGGGACAUAAAAAUGGACCCGCGGAUUUCGACAAAAAAGCCUAUUUACUAGAUUUUAUCUUUGAAGGAAUUGUAUUUAGAAGCAAGAAUUUCACGCCGUUUAAGAAACCAGAGACACAAGCACCUCCCGCACCGAUAGUAAUUGAACCACCGCGGAUAUCACGGAAAAACAAAGACGCAACCGGGACGAAGAUAAAGCGCUCCAAAGCCAGAAUUGAAGCGGAGUCCAACCACGCGGCCAAAAUACCGAGAACCGAACCCACAGAGAGGAACUCCACUAUCACAUCCAAGGACUACUACAGAGAUAAAGAGAUGGACGUAGAAAGCUUCAUAAAAAACGAAAAACCGAUAACAGGAGAAGGUGUUGAAGAAUUCAUGGAUUUCCAAGCGAUGAUAAAGUCUGAUACAGAGAAUUUGAAAGAUAUAGUUAGAAAUGAAAGAUUGAACGGUGAGGUUCCUAUCACAGAGGAGAAUACAGACGUUUGCACCGCUGACUAUCAGAAUGCGAUAAAUGAUAUAGUUAAUAAUGAAAAUGAUAAAAGUAUUGAAGAAAGUUAUGGGAAUAUUGAUGUUAGGGUUACGGAAAGUGAUUCGGCUACAGGAAAGGCUAAUAAUGGUGUAAAUGUGAGUACAGAGAAUGAUGCAGACGUUGUAAGUGUAAGUAAUAGUAAGAUAGAAGUACCCAAUUUAGAGGAAAAUAAGGAUGAGACAAUACAAGUAGUUAAUAAUGAAAAGAAGAAAGAUCUUGAAACUAAACUAACUGAAUUGGAAGAGAAGACUUUAAAUAAGUUUAAGGGAUCGCUUUUAGAUAGCAUAUUCUGAAUAAGCAUAUUUAACCGAUAGAUGUUGAAAUGUUUGCAUUUUAAAAUGUAAGAGAAUAUGAACUGAUAGAUGCAUUAUUGAGUAUGGUUAAUUUCUUUUGCUUUUACAAAUUAGGCAAUUGUACUAACUAGAGGGCACGUACGGCAUUACAGAAAAGACAAAAUCAUGAAGUGUAAAGAAUGAUAUGCAAAUUAUAAACAACCUUUGUAAACUAUGAUUUCAGUCCAAAGUAUACUAUGAAUUGGGAAUUGGUUUAAAAUGAACUAACCAUCACAACUACGUGUGUAUCAGUGGCGGAGCGUCCAUAGAAAUCGAUUCCCAUCGGCUUGUCUGAUAGGUACCUAUUCAGGCUCUUGGGCCAUUUACUUUAAACUUAUGAUGUAAAAGUAAGGGCAACUUAGCUACGGCUUGCCUAAGAACAAUCUAGACGCGCCGCCACUGGUGUGUAUCAAAUAUACAGGGUAGAAUCUGAGACGGGACUAGAAAUAAAGGCACAUAAAUCAAAUCAUGAUUUAAAACAGAAAGGGAAACUAAAGUUUUUAUCUGAGUUACAGGCGGGACCUUCUAAAGAGUCAGGUUGGAAUUCUCUCUAAUUCGUUCACGAGCGUUAUACGACUUUAUUAGUUUUUAAAAAGUGCAUUUUUGUUAUGGUUUGUGUUACUUUAGAGCUUGAUUGGCCAAAUGCGAAAGUCACGGAGGAUAUCUAUCCAUCUUUCUCUCUCUGAUCACAUUCUCUAAGAUUAGGAGAUGGAAUUAUUUUAUUGGAUUUAGCUUUCCAGGGUAGGCCUACCGCGAAUCUCGAAAUUUCGCAAUCUUACUCUCGCUCUAGCAUAUUCGAGCGAUAGAGAUGCAAAUAGACGACUGAACGAUGCGUUUCGCGGUUAUAAUUAUAACCUAAUUGUCUCGUAAUAUGUUUUUAUUUUUUAUAGUAGUCUUAAUGUUUCUUUAUUUGCAAGAAAGUGUUAUUUAUUCCAAAAAUGAAUUAUUUUUCAAAUUUUUCUAUGAAUAUAACGACUACAGUUCGUACCGUCUAUAUAAAUAUAUGUAAAAAAUAAAUAAAAUCAGACUUUAAUUAGGUAUAUCAUUUAUUUCAUUUCCAAUAACAUUUUUAAAUAAUCCAAUAAUGUUUCAAACGGCAAGUCAGAUUUUAAAACUACUUAUUUUAAACAUUUUUUUUUCAUGUAACUGCAUUUAGGCACUGAAAAUUAACAUUCUAGUUAAAAUCUGGAAAGUCUCAAAAAUGGUGACAACUCUUAGGCAACUGUCCAACAAAAGGCGAGAAAGCGACCGGCCAUCGAGCGUUAUCUCACGUAAGAUGUGGAGCUCGUGUGGAUAAGAAAUGUAUUAAUCGUUAAUUGCUGACACAGCCGGCGUUAGCAUAGCGUUAUCAGAAAAUACGCUCCAGAAAAACUAAUCUUCCACGGUCUGACUACUGCCUAAGUAGUGGGACUAGCACAUCUAACAUCCGAUCGUCCGUUCCAUUAGAAAAAGGUUGUGGUUCGCCUCGCGAGCGACUCUAUUCGCGUGGUUAGAUGUGCUAGACCUACGAUCCCAACAAGGUAUUGAGGAAGCUGUAUAGUAUUUCUAAAAAAAAUAGCAAAUCUUUUCGUUAAUAUAUUGAAUGUAGAUCUGUGCAAUUAGUCUUGUUGAUGCUCAUUGUAUAAUUAACUGAGCUGAGCUCCUCUAAGCACUAAGUACAUAAGUAGUCAAAAUAACUGACAUUUCUUCGAAAUUAAGACUUGUCAUCAAUCAUAAGUAAUACCGGAUUUUCAAGCACAAAAUGUAUGGAAUGUAUGGAAGUGUUGCCAUUCAAUUUACAAUAUUUGAUUACUUUUCUGUAACAUAAAGCGGGUAAACUAACCUAUUAUGGGCACCCUUUGAUUGUUAUGGAACGAAUUUGUGAGUCCAUAAUAGGAUCGUUUACCACUAAUACAAAUAUUUCGACACAUAACAGAGAAAGAUCUUAUUUUGAAACAUCUUUACUUUUUUUUAGUUUCUAUGGCAUUUCUUGUAAAACUACCUAGUUUAUAUACAUACAGCCAGCCAUAUUUUGGACACUGGUUAAAACUUAAGACUAGAAAAUCUAGUAUUGUUAGACCAAGAACAGACUGCAACGAUUUUGAUAGCAUACGCAGUGCAAGUGCUAUUUAUACGUCAUAAUUUUAUAGAACUUUACCCUUAAAAUAACACUUUGCACUGCGUGUGUUAUCAAAAUCGUUGCAGACUUGUCUUGGUCUAACUCUAAAAAGUAUUUGAAAAUAAGAUCUGUUCUUUAAAUUAAAUAGGUACUUUUUGUAUAAGUGGAAAUGGAUUUAAAUAAAAUUUUAAUUAACAAAGAUAAAUCUUUCAAUGUUAACUUUAAAUACCUUAACCCAACUAAUUUUAGGCUUAUAACUGUAAUAAAUUAGUCCAGUAAUAUGUUUAAAUGUCAAGAGUUAUAAAAUCUCGGAAAAUACUAUAGAUAAAAAUAUCUCCACACAUUUACACACAACCUUCUAGGAACAAUAUAUUAUAUUAAAGAAUAUAAUAUGUAGAAUACGAUAAUGUCGAUAAUUGUACAUUAAGCUUUUAAAAAUCGUAAUACAUACAAAGCUUUGAUUUCACAUAAGCCACAUCUAUUUAAAGCGAAUUUCAUUAUGUAUACGGGGUGGAUACCAACACCCAGAAAGAUUUGAAUCCUUUGACUGCCACAGUCUACUAUACCACCCACAAAGGUAAGUAUAAAAUAAACCUUAACACAUACUAAUAAAGUGUACUAUUGCGUGUUAUAUAAAAUAGUCGUGGCGGUCAUUAGCCACGCAUUCCUUCACGAAUACCUAUGGUUAAAAUCUGAGUUAUUGGCAUCUGCCCUGCUAAAUUCAUUUUAUCUAACCUAACUAAUGAAACGUAGUUCAUUGUAAAAUUUUAAGCAAAUAUAUAAUAUCAUAUGAACUUAAUAAUAGCUAAUCACAUUUGUGACGAUUUAUCCUACAUCAAAAUUGUCUACCUACAAUAAAAUGAAAACGGCAAAACUAUACAUAAAUAUAUAUUUUAAUUUUAAAAAAUAAGCACCAAUUAAGUCCUUAAAAUAAACAUAAUAAAUUACACAUGGUCAUACACUUACUCCGCUCUUGUCAUGAAUAAUCCUCUAUGUAUUUUUUCCCCUAUUAUCUUUUAAUUAAAUCACUACUAUACACCUUAUAAAACAAAGUCCCCUGCCGCGUCUGUGUGUUUGUGCGUUUGUAUGUUCGCGAUAAACUCAAAAACUAGAUUUUCAUGCGGUUUUCACCUAUCGAUAGAGUGAUUCUUGAGGAAGGUUUGGGUUAUUCCCACUAGUUACCACCAAGUUCUUACCAGUGGUAACUACUGGGAAUUUUUUUCCCACCUUUUACCACUGGUAACUACUGGGAAAAAAAAUUCCCACUAGUUACCACCAACUGGGCUUUAAUUUUUAUUCCCAGUAGCUACCACUGGUAAGAACUUGGUGGUAAGUAGUGGGAAUAACCCGAAGGUUUAGGUGUAUAAUUCGUUAACCCGUGCAAAGUUGGGGGUCGCUAGAAAUAUAGACCCAGCUGAAAGUUUAUCAAUCGAUGUCAAGAUAUUUUGCAUCGGACGAUAUAACCUACCUAUACUUAAUUUACGCAUAAGUAGUAAACAUGUUUAUUUUUUUUAGAGAACUGUGUAUCAUCAUUUAAUUAAUAAAACGUAAAAUCACUGUUUAUUUUUUCAAAUGUACCAACAAUAUAAAAUGCAUGUUUUCUGACGCCAAAAUCAGAUAAAUUAUUAUAAACAGCAUAAUAUCGUACACAGCCAAGCGUUCCAGAUCCAGACAUCCUGCAGUCAAACUCACAAGUAAUAUUUAUAUUUUUAACCCUUUGACCGCCGUUGUCCGGUAUACAAGACAACGAUAGAACGAUACGCUGGCGCCGUCGUCUUGUAUACAAGACACACAUUCAACCACCGAGUUAAUGUGAAAAUAAUAACAAUUGCAAUUUCAUUUACACUCUUGUUCAUAUUUAAGGUCUUUUUUUUAUUUAUUUGCUUUUUAAGCAGCUAUAUAAAUCCAUUCGUUUAUAAUAAGGCUUUUAAAAAAAUUGCUCCAAUUUUCAAUGUUUUUCAUGUUCCUCGUCGCCGUUGUCUUGUAUAAAAGACAGCUAGGGAUGGGAAUGUUAACUCGAUAUGGGAAUUUUUAAAUUAAAUAUAAAGUCAGAAAUAUGUUUUUAUUUAAGUAACACUUGUUAAUCGCCAAUUUUUUUUAACGAAUAGUAGGUAACUACUUACUAGAAUACGUAGAACGAGAGUCAGAUAGGCAUAACUAUAUGUAAAGUUCAGGCAGCUUCUUUAGCUGUAUAAAGUAGAGUCAGACAAGUAAAUUUGCCCUUGUAGAUGUGGACUAUUUAAUUGCAGAAGGAUAAAUAAAAAAAAUAAAGGAUGUUAUUUUAUAGCUUAGUGGGAAGGGAUACACCGCAGCAACCGCUUCGCACAAGAGUGGUACAUGGACAUACCUGUUUAUCAGACUUAAGUUUUUUAUUAUAACAUUGAAAUUAAUGUGUAUUUUUAUAACAAGUCGUUGAACGUUUUUUUGGUAAGAGUUUAUAGAUUAAUGUAAACCAAACUGAAAUCAUAAUGAUAGAUUCUAAUUCCGGAAUAAUAUCUCCACUCAUUAAAAAUUCAACCCACGUGUAAUUUUCACUAAAACAGUUCCGGUAAGUAUAUUGACUUUAUCGACACAUGAUGCGCAGCUUUAACGUUACGCCAAUAAAGUUUACGUACUGACAAGCGCUUACGCCGUUGACCUAGAGACUAUUAUUACUUAAUCCGCGCGAAAACGGUCCUUGUCGGUCUGCACUGCGGGCAGUCCAUGCGCGCCGUUGUCUUGUAUAAAAGACUUCUCGUACAGCCUAGUGCGGCGAUAUCACGUCUUGAAUCGACAUUGUUUAGUGGUUGUUUUUUAUGUUAAAUCCCUAUAUUUUAAACAUUUUCGGGUGUUAAACAUAUGUUUAAUUUUGGCAAUUUGGAAUGAAAUUAAAACAGGAUAAGAACAAAGCUAAAUUAAAAAGAUUUUUACCAUAAAUUGUAAAUAUCGAUAUCACUAUUUGCAAUCCCUAAACUUUUUAUUAGUUGUUUACUUAAAAUUUGCUCUGGCGUGUGAGUGAACAUCUUUGCGGACUAGGUCCGGCGGCCAAAAGGUUAAUUCGGAAUGUAGAACACUAAGUUACGAGGACCUGCCACGCCAUCGCCAUCGUCAGGGGCUAUCCUGUGACGCUCUAUGCUAUGGCUUUGCCUACGUCUCCGUACAAAAACUUGUAUGACCUAGGUAAUAUCGUCGGGUGACAAGCAAAAGUCACUAAAUAACACCAUUGAAAUUAUUGGACAAUAAACCAUGUUACAAGUGUAAUAAAGUGCAUUGUUACUUUAAUUUUUUUAUAGUACUUAGUGACUUUUGCUUGUCACCCGACGAUAUGGUUUCGAUGGAUGCUUCAAAAAAGAUGUCCUAUUUAAAUAAUAAUGCGUUGUAGUAAAAAUAAUGUGUUGAC